GUGGAUGAGGAGCGGGCUCUCUUUCUUUCUCACGGGGCUCAGUUAAUCCUGCUGCCAGGCGGUGUUAAGCAGCAGUCUCGGCGCUGGAUUCCGAGCGAGGGAGACGCGCAGUCCUGAAGGCGCAGCGGAGGGGAGGCGAGAGAGGCGGCUAAAGAGAGCAGAGCGGGGGAAAAAUCAAAUCUAUGCUUGGAACUGGGCUUCUUUUUCGCCAAUGCAAAAGGGAAUAUGCAGCACAUUUUUGCCUUCUUCUGCACCAGUUUCCUAGGGGCGGUGUUAGGGGCUAAUUUCCCCAACAACAUCCAGAUAGGGGGGUUAUUUCCUAAUCAGCAGUCCCAGGAACAUGCGGCUUUUAGGUUUGCGUUGUCUCAGCUCACGGAACCCCCUAAGCUCCUUCCCCAGAUCGACAUUGUGAACAUUAGCGACAGCUUUGAAAUGACAUACACCUUCUGCUCACAGUUCUCCAAGGGCGUCUAUGCCAUCUUUGGAUUUUAUGAGAGAAGGACCGUCAACAUGCUUACAUCUUUCUGCGGAGCUCUCCAUGUCUGCUUCAUAACGCCAAGCUUCCCUGUCGAAACGUCCAACCAGUUUGUUCUCCAGCUUCGUCCAGAACUGCAGGAUGCCCUCAUCAGUGUCAUCGAGCACUACAACUGGCAGAAGUUUGUGUACAUUUACGAUGCUGACCGGGGGUUGUCAGUCCUACAGAAAGUGCUAGACACUGCAGCCGAGAAGAACUGGCAGGUGACAGCUGUCAACAUCCUGACAACGACAGAAGAGGGGUACCGCAUGCUCUUUCAGGAGCUGGAGAAGAAGAAGGAAAGACUGGUGGUGGUGGAUUGUGAAUCUGAGCGGCUAAACAUCAUCCUUAGCAAGAUCAUCAAGCUUGAAAAGAAUGGGAAUGGGUACCACUACAUUCUGGCAAAUUUGGGAUUCAUGGAUAUCGACCUGACCAAAUUCAAGGAGAGUGGAGCCAAUGUAACUGGCUUCCAGUUGGUGAAUUACACGGAUGCUGUUCCUGCCAGAAUCAUGCAGCAGUGGAGGAAUAAUGAUGCCAGGGAGCAUCCUCGUGUGGACUGGAAGAGGCCAAAGUACACGUCAGCUCUAACAUACGAUGGGGUCCGAGUGAUGGCUGAGGCGUUUCAGAACCUACGGAGGCAGCGGAUCGACAUCUCCCGUCGCGGCAAUGCUGGAGAUUGCCUUGCCAACCCAGCUGUGCCCUGGGGACAAGGCAUCGACAUCCAGAGAGCACUGCAGCAGGUCCAUUUUGAAGGAUUGUCUGGCAACGUUCAGUUUAAUGAGAAGGGACGGAGGACCAACUACACUCUCCAUGUGAUUGAGAUGAAACACGAUGGAAUCAGAAAGAUUGGCUACUGGAAUGAAGAUGAGAAGCUGGUUCCAGCAGCCAUAGAUACUCAAAGCGGCAAUGAGUCCACAAGCCUCCAGAACAGGACUUACAUAGUCACGACUAUCCUAGAAGACCCAUAUGUGAUGCUCAAGAAGAACGCCAAUCAGUUUGAAGGCAAUGAGAGGUAUGAAGGUUACUGUGUGGAGCUCGCUGCUGAGAUUGCAAAGCAUGUUGGCUACCACUACAGGCUGGAGAUUGUCAGAGAUGGGAAGUACGGAGCCCGGGACCCUGACACCAAAACGUGGAAUGGCAUGGUGGGAGAACUCGUUUAUGGGAGGGCGGAUGUGGCUGUGGCACCGUUAACCAUCACUCUGGUUCGAGAAGAAGUUAUAGACUUUUCCAAACCGUUCAUGAGCUUAGGUAUCUCGAUCAUGAUAAAAAAACCUCAGAAGUCCAAACCAGGAGUUUUUUCUUUUCUGGAUCCUUUGGCAUAUGAGAUAUGGAUGUGCAUUGUUUUUGCUUACAUUGGAGUGAGCGUUGUCCUCUUCCUGGUGAGUCGCUUCAGCCCUUACGAGUGGCACACUGAGGAAUUUGAGGAAGGACGGGAUCAGCCAGCGAAUGACCAGACGAAUGAGUUUGGGAUAUUCAACAGUCUCUGGUUCUCCCUAGGAGCUUUUAUGCAGCAAGGAUGUGAUAUUUCUCCAAGGUCUCUCUCUGGCCGCAUAGUCGGUGGCGUCUGGUGGUUCUUCACCUUGAUCAUCAUAUCCUCCUACACAGCUAACCUGGCUGCCUUCCUCACCGUGGAAAGGAUGGUUUCUCCAAUUGAGAGUGCAGAGGACCUGGCCAAGCAGACAGAAAUUGCCUAUGGAACCCUGGAAGCUGGCUCCACUAAAGAGUUUUUCAGGAGAUCCAAAAUAGCAGUCUUUGAGAAGAUGUGGACAUACAUGAAGUCAGCCGAACCCUCCGUUUUUGUGAGGACAACGGAAGAGGGGAUGAUCCGCGUGAGGAAGUCAAAAGGAAAGUAUGCCUACCUCUUGGAGUCCACGAUGAACGAGUACAUCGAGCAGCGGAAGCCCUGUGACACUAUGAAGGUGGGAGGUAACUUGGACUCCAAAGGCUAUGGCAUUGCAACGCCAAAGGGGUCUGCACUGAGAAACCCAGUAAACCUGGCAGUGUUAAAACUGAACGAGCAGGGGCUUUUGGACAAAUUGAAAAACAAAUGGUGGUACGACAAGGGCGAAUGCGGCAGCGGGGGAGGUGAUUCCAAGGACAAGACAAGCGCGCUGAGUCUCAGCAAUGUGGCAGGGGUUUUCUAUAUCCUCAUCGGUGGGCUCGGAUUAGCCAUGCUGGUUGCCUUAAUCGAGUUUUGUUACAAGUCCAGAAGUGAAUCAAAGCGGAUGAAGGGUUUUUGUUUAAUCCCACAGCAAUCAAUCAACGAAGCCAUACGGACAUCAACCCUUCCCAGGCCAGCUGCAGCAGGAGGCAGUGGAGAAAACGGACGUGUGGUCAGCCACGAUUUCGCCAAAUCCAUGCAGACGAUCCCGUGCAUGAGCCACAGCACCGGCAUGUCCCUGGGAGCUACGGGAUUAUAAUUGGCCUUUUGACCCAUUGCCUGGGUGAGAGCAGGGGCAGCCCGACUCCACCCCCUCCAGAGCCAAAAACAAACCCAACACCAACAAGACAAAUGAUGAUGACAGAAGGGACAAUUGGAUGGAUGUUCUCAAGGAAAUCAAAUCUAUUUCCCUUUUUAUUUGCAAACAGAUCCACUGGCAGGAGGACAGAAACAGGUCUGUACUGCAAUAAGGAGAGUGUAAUAGGAUUUAACAGACUCGUGUACCAUCCCUGAUCAAAGAACCACUGGAACACUAAUGAGAACUAUGCCAUUUUGUUUUAAAUUGGUUGUUAAUAAGUCUUAGUGUGUGCAAUAUAUAUAUUUUUUCUUACUAAUUCCUGUGGUGUCAGGGUAACAUCACCUUUUCCCUCUUCCCUGCUCAGUCCUUCAAUUUGGUUUAGUUUGGGAUGCAAACAAUAAUGUCUGAGCUACUAACAGUAAAAAAGAAAAUCUGUUAAAUGGCAAGCUGAACUCCCUCAAGGCCUCAGCAUUGACCCCUUUUGUCCAUCGUGAUUCUGCCUUCCGUUCUGUUGUGAACUUGGGCUGUGGAGUUACUGUGAUGAUGCAGACAGAGCUGCAAAUAGCUCUCCCUGCAACAGAAGAUCUCAAUGCAAGAAAGACCCUAAACAAAACGAGGCUGUUUUACAGGGGCAAAGUCAUGAGUGAGUUUGGAAAUCCCUAGUGACCUGAGGACAAAGUGAUAAUUCUUCAAUGGAUGAUGAGUGGAAGUUCAAAAGAAGAAUCGUGUCCCUAGAGUGGAGGGCAUCAUGUGUGGCAGACUAGAGUGGAUGGUUGGUCCAAGAUCAUGGUCAGCUGCAGUUUAUGGAAGAGAGAAAGUAAAUGCCACACUCCCCUUACGUGUGACUCUCCUUCCUAGGUUACUGGAGGCUAAUAAGGAAUUGUGAACCAUUUCUUCAUUGCUUAGCUUCUGUGUGUGCUCCCUGUUUGGUGGUCACAUAAGGGAACCACCUUGAACCAGGAACAGACCAUCUCAAGACAUCCAGUUCUAGAUGGCUGCCUAUUAACCAGUAAAACAUGCUAGAAGUCAUGGGGCUGCAAUGGGAAUAUCCCUGCCUUUUUGCUCUGAAAUCCUUUUAUGGCCAUUUUUCUAAUUAAGAGGGACAUUUUGUAGAUAGUUGGCCAGAAUGGCUCCCUGGAAGAAACUGCUGAAGCAAACCAAGGAGGAGACCCUACAAGAGCUUCGUUCAAGUGUCCACGACAUUUGACGACAUCAGGGCUGGUCAAACAGAGCCUUCCCGUCAAGUUGUGGCCUGUCUGGGUACAAAGCCAAAAGUAGCAGAUUCCCAUUCAAGUAUCCUUAGGGAGAGGGAAGCAUCCACAAGCCAGGAGAGCAGGUUGCUGACUAUAAACUUUGUAUUGCAGAAACUGUGAGUCCAGGCACAGGUGUGGAGGUCAAAGAGACAAAGAUGGUUUUCCAGAAUCGCACAAAAGGAUCAUUCUGUGAAUCACUGGCAUGGACAGACAAAUGCUGCCCACCUUGAUGGGCCUGAGACACCUCUCCAGAAGUGAAGGAUUCCCAGGGGAGCAUCUGGAGAGAGAGAAGGUCUCCAGGGCAGGGACCACAGUGAGCUCACUUAGCCUUGUCCCAUCUCACAGAUCGAUCACUGACGGCAAAUAAAAUACAAAGCUUCUCACAGGACCCAGCAAAUAUCUGUCUGGGGACUGAGCUGCUCUUGGAAUCUUAUGAGCUGCUUUUUCUCAUUCUUUUUGCUUUUUUUUCCUCUUUUUUUUUUUUUUUUCCUGCAACACAGCAAGAGAGGAUCAAGAAAAGAAGGGAAGCAAAUGAGCAGGAAAUGAUGCUGGCAAAUGACUGACACAGGUCUAUGAGGAGCAUCUCUCUAUGCAGCUGUCCUAAGUACAGUUGGAAGCCGCCUGAAUACCAGUUUCUGUUAGCGUACGAAUGUGCAGAGCAAUACAUUUACCACCUUUAACACCAGCCUGGUCUGAGGUAUCUGUUCCAUUUACUCAAUUGUCAUGCAGCACUUUGGAGACCAGCAAGUCAGAGUCAAGGUCCUUCAGGCACAGCAUGUCUUGUGCCAACAUGUUUUCCUCUCUCCACCACUGGAAUCCCUUGUGAUGUUCACCUUUCAUCACUGAACACGAACUCUGUUUUCAACCACUCCAAACACCUCUCCGGGUCACUUCGUGUUAGCUAUCUUUUUUUUUUCAAUCCGCUUUUCUUCAUUUUAACUUCAGUUCUGUGGAAGUGCUGGCACAGUGGAGGCGUCCCACAAGCAGCCUGUUUCCAUGCCCAGAGCCCUCGGAUGCAUCUCCUGACCCAGCUCUUGCUGUAUCCUGGACCUUGCCGCUGCAGUGCGUCUCCGGGCGCUGCGGAGUGCGCAGGCUGAUGAGACCCAUGGGUGCCCUGUCAUCCUCCCAGGGCAGGACCACGUGGCAGCAGGUCAUGGGGAGCCCGAGGGAGCAGUUUAACAGUCUCGUGAGAAGCAGCACAUCUGUGCUGGGACUGACCGCCUGUGACGCGAAGAUGUGAGAUGGCAGCUUUCAAAGGCUUUUGAUCAGUGGAGGUGUUAAAAAAAAAUAUAUAUGAAUAGGACAAAAGCGUGGAAAAUGUUAACUUGUAAUAUGUAUUUUUACUACACUUUUCUUAAAAAUAGAGUAAUGGUAAAACUCUUAAAGACAUUGACAUUUUUUCUCAACAGGAAUCCAUAUUUAACAGUUUUGGCUUUCAUUAAAUUUUGCUCUUUGGUACCUGGAUCUUUUAUUUAACAGCUCUAUUUGUUUUAUCUCUUUUGGUUUUUCUUUCUUUUUUUUUCCUUUUGGCACUACUGCAGAGGAUUUUGCUUUAUCAAAUGCAAUAGUGUUUUUCUUUUCACAUUCUCUUUUUUCCAAGCAACAUUCUUAUUGGUAAUUAUUAUUUACAUAAAAAUGAAACUGUCAGCUGGAAUUUUAGCACCAAGGAUCCAUGAUCCAUUUUUCAUACCUGUCCACACCGUUUUGUGCCAGUGCUGGAUGUGUGAAAAUGAAAAUUAUGUUACCCCUCAGGCAAUAUUACCCAACCUGAAUCAAACAAGAUUUCCUUGAUUAUUGCUGUGUCUGACUUGUGAACAGCAGCCAAAUAAACUGCUUCAGGUUGAAAUUGGGAAUCUAUCUAAUAUUUACCCAAGAGUCAGGAAACUCACAUUCAUUGGGUUCAAAGCUAAUGAUUUUGCUUCAUUUGGAGUUUUGCAGGGUUAUUUUUGAGGAGAACUAUUAGAUGAUUUUAGCUUGUUUUUACGGAGAGAGAAGACACAUUCAGCUCAGACAUAAUUCAGAACCAGCACUGGUCCAAAAACCUUCACCAGGAUCAGCUUUUCUAAGAGCUCCCAUGGUGUUUCGGAGGCUUGGACACUUCAAUGUUUCUUCUUCAGUUUUCACAAAAUUAACCUCCUAAAUUCUUUAUCCAAAAGUUUGUUGAAGUGGAAGUGUUCAGGGCCAGGUUGGAUGGGCCUUGGGCAGCCUGAUCUAGUGGGAUGUCCCUGCCCAUGGCAGGGGGGUUGGGAUCAGAUGAUCUUUAGAGUCCCUCCCGACUCAAACCAUUCUAUGAUUCUAUUCUAUGAUUCCCUAUACCAUCAUUCCCGUUUAUCAACUGGAGAAGCUGAGACAAAAAAGUGCCUUGGACCAGGCGUCCCAGCUCACCCCACAGGGCCGUGGUUAUAGAUUCAAAGUCUCCAACAUUCACAAGGAGGUUUUUAUACCCUCUGGUAACUUUUAAGGAGUCAGCAAAGGGUAGAAUUAAUAUCUUUUGAAAGGGACUGGGAUCUCUCAGGCUUCAAAGCACAACAGACUCCAAAAUCAAUGGGUCCUGAGGGAGAGGUUUCCUGUGGGCAGGCUGUGCUGGAUCAGCCCAUUUUGGUCUUCCACAAUUGCUUAGGCAUCCAGUACUGUACUGUGGGCUUGGAUCCUGUCUCAAAACACUUUUCUUGCUCAGUGGUUCACUCUCUCUUCCCAGUGAAACUGCAGAAAUGCAAAAGAAAUGUUCCUUUAUAUCUUGGCAUAAGUAGGACAAAAAUUGCUCCUAGUGGCAAAAGCAAAUAUUCCUUGUAAGAAAGUCCCAGCAAGAAUCCAAAACCAUCUUCAGCAGCUGUUGAAGCAAAAGAACACCACACCUUGAAGUGCAUCAGGUGAGGAACAGAUGCAUCACCUAGUCCAUCCUUUUGCUGUAGGAUGCUAGCCUUGGCAUCAGGACACAAAGCUGGGAUGCUCCAAAAAGAUUUUGUUAGACUUUUUUGUUGAUGUGCCAGCCUGCCAUCAAAUGCAAGAACUUACUCAUCUAAGCUCAGUGAAAAGAUGGGGCAGGUGCACAUCAAUGUUUGCUGUAACUCAGUGGGUACCAAUAACCUGUUCCACUCCAGAAACUCAGCCACAUAUCUCCAUCAAAAUUUUUGGCAGACAUGGAAAGUUUUCACUGUGAACACAGGCUCAUACUCAGUUUUCAAUGCCAUGGUCAGUCGCCCAAGGCUCACACAUAGCACUGGGUCCCCAAGAGAAUAUUUUUGCCCACAUUUCUAAUAGGUUGGUCCCACCUGGAGGCACGUGUCAGAGCUUACGUUACCCAUCACCAUGGUACGUGGUAGCCUUAGGACAAUGCUGAUUCUUUUCGCUGCCACAGCAUGAGAAAUAAUAGCACAGAUUGGAUCUUAGCUAAUGAACGUUGCUCCAAAGCACCACCUUGGAGACUAGAGAAGAUUGGUUCAAUCCCUUCCAUCAGUAAAGGUACUAGAUUAACCCCAAAUACCUUUUAGAGAUCUGCGUGGCCUGUUCCCUGAUGGUUUGUGUAGCUGCCAACCUCUCUUGAACACAGAUUCCCCAGUUGCCUCCAUGUUAUUUAUGGGCACAAACCAAUUUGUCAGCCACCAGUGCUGGUUUGGUGUCUUGGCAGCCAACUGCUGGCUAAAACCCCUGUGCUUGGACCUCUACUACUCAGUUAAUUAAUUAACAGAAAUACAGGGAGGUCACUGUGUCAUGCACAGCUGCUUACCAGACUGCAGGAGGGCAGGACUUUGGGGGCAAAAUCCACAUGCAAACCCCAGCUCAAAAUACACCAGACAGUGCCAGACAAACUGCUUGGGCUCGAUGUUGCUCCAGCUUCAUUGCAGAGAUGGCACCCCUCAGAGCUCCCUUCUUACACAGAGCUGCUCUGUUCUUUUCCACGCAUUUGGUUUAAGUGCUUAAGAGGAAUGAAUUUAGGGUGCAAGGAACUGGAAAGGGUUCCAGGCAUGGAGGAGUAGCUCAAGACUAAUCUCUCCAUCAAAAUCCCAACCUAUCCCUCUCUGGGAUUCUCCACUCAGCCCUCACUGCAGCAUCACCUCUUAUUUCUUUCCUAUCCAUCCCCCGUCUCUCCAUCAUCUGUACAUCAGUCUCACCCUCAGCACUGCCACCUACUCCUCUCCGGGACCUGGAAUAGGCUCUGGGUAUGAACAUUGUGGUUGCCUUAUUACAGUUAAGACUAUAUCACCAAAUAGCUUUAGAAAGCAAAUGAACUAACUUACUGUACUUUGGGAUGGGGGCAGAGAUGUGAAUCCAGCUCCUCAUUGGGCAGAAGCAAACCCACUACCCAUCGCUCUGUACUUAGGCAGCGAGGAGCCUUUCUGCUAAUGGGGUUUUAGAGCCAGAAUCUCGCAAAAUGCUGUUAUCUGGCUGUUCUCAAAGCACUUAAUCUCCCUUUUGCUCGUGCAUACAUCACAAGAAGGCAUCAGUAUCUGUCUGCCAGGAGGUACACCUGGCUGGAGAUGGGAGGUAGGGCGCUGGGCAUCAUCUCCACCAAACUGGUACCCAAGUGAACAAAUCUGCUGAAUGUGCACAAGUGGAGAGCUGUCUCUAGAACGGUGAAACAAAGUAAUCCUCACCACUAGAAGGGAUUCACUAAUCAUGCACAUCCCUUUCUCAUGCAUACACACACACGCACAUGCAUACACAGAUAUUAAGAGAUUACUUUGAUGGCCCAAAUUGGCUGUCAAGGUGACUUUUUGUUGUUAAGGAUCAAUAGAGUAUAACAUAAGAGCCACAAAGUAUGUUCAUUAUUCUGCAGGGCUGGUUUAACAUGCUUUUCUGGGUCCCUUUUGCAGUAAUUCCUCCUCUGUUUGAGCUGCCUUCAAAUUAAUUUCAUGUCAUGUUCUUUAAGUCCUGACUUUUUAGAGGAGAGGUACAUGGUGUUAUUCAUAUCAGUAUUACAGUGUAAUAAAUCAAUGCUUUCCCAUUGGAAGGAUUUCAGACAAUUUCACCACUUGCUCUCAGGAACUCAAAAGACAACCUCUCUGCCAGGACAUGUGCCAACUGAAAAAGAAAAAAAAAA